GGAACAUGCAACACUAAACACAGUUACAGAAAUACAGCCCACCCAGCCAGAGGGAGGAGAAACACUUCAGCACACUUUCAUGACAGUUUUGGACUUUUUCGCAGAUCUGACAGAGGAGCAGUCUUCCCGACCCCCAUUUCAUAAAAGAUUGAACGAAGGAGACUGAAGCAUGGCGGUGUGGGACCUGUCCAUCACAGUGGAGGAUCUGGGGCCUGACGCUCCACCUGUCAGCCUCAGUGUGACCUCUGAGCUCCACGUGGGUGGCGUUGUCCUCAAGCUUGUGGAGAAGACGCAGAUUCAGCGUGACUGGUCGGACCAUGCGCUGUGGUGGGAACAGAAGCAGCAAUGGCUGCUGCGGACAUCCUGGACUCUGGAGAAAUAUGGCAUUCACGCCGAUGCCCGUUUGCUCUUCAUGCCGCAGCAUAAGCCCUUAAGGCUGGGCCUGCCCAACGGCAUCACCCUGAGGCUCUGCGUCUGCUUCUCCAAUCCUGUCUUCCAGACUCUGAUGGGCAUCUGCACACUGCUCAAUAUCCGUCACCCAGAGGAGCUCUCACUCCUUCGGCCAGUAGAGGAGAAGAAGAAGAAGAAGGACAAAAAUUCGGCAGAGGAGAUUUUUGACCUGACUGUGGUGCCUCUCUCCUCAGCAUCCCCGCCUAGUUUGUACAACGGCAUGCCGGCUCAUUUUGUCGGCUCGCCUCAGUUGGAGGCCAUCUACAAGAUGUUGUCAGUCCCUCAGCCUCCUCCUGCCCCUGAAGUCAUAACCAAGCAGUACCGCGCAGCCAGCGUGGUGGACAAGGCCCACAUCAACGGCAGGUGGUUGGAUUCGUCCCGUUGUCUGAUGCAGCAGGGCGUCCAAGAAAAUGACCGACUGUGGCUUCGUUUCAAAUAUUUUGCCUUCUAUGAUAUAGAACCCAAGUAUGAUAUGGUUCGUCUGACGCAACUGUAUGAACAAGCUCGCUGGGCCAUACUGUUGGAGGAUAUUGACUGCACUGAGGAGGAGAUGAUGCUGUUUGGAGCUUUACAGUAUCACGUCAGCAAGGUGUCGCUGUCAGAGCCGCAGACAAUGAACUCGACCGCAGCCAUGGAUGACCUUGAGUCGGCACUUCAAUCCCUGGAGGCCAAAAUGGACAGCGAGAGCAGCUCUGCCUCUGACAUGCUGGAUAACAUGACAGCACCAGAACUCAACGAGUACCUGAAGAUUUUCAGGCCAAAGAAAUUGACUCUGAAGGGAUACAAGCAGCACUGGUUCAAGUUCCAGGACACCUCAAUUUCCUAUUUCAAGAGCAAAGAGGAAAGCAUUGGAGAGCCUAUUCAACAGAUUAACCUUAAAGGCUGUGAAGUGGUGCCAGAUGUCAACAUGGCAGGUCAAAAGUUCCUCAUCAAGCUGCUGAUACCAGCUCCCGAAGGCAUGAAUGAAGUCUAUCUCCGCUGUGAAAACGAGGAUCAAUAUGCACGGUGGAUGGCUGCAUGUCGCCUGGCCUCCAAAGGCAAGAGCUUGGCAGACAGCAGCUACCAUAGCGAAAUACGCAGCAUCCGGUCCUUCUUGGCAAUGCAAAACACGAGCUCAAGUUCUCAUGGCAACGCAGCUGCUACACACGAAAGCAUAAACACGCUCAGUUUGGUCUCACCCCGAUAUCAUAAAAAGUACAAAACCAAACAGCUGACCCCUCGUAUCCUGGAUGCCUACCAGAAUGUGGCUCAGCUCUCAAUGGUGGAUGCAGUCUCGCGCUUCCUGCAGAUCUGGCAGGCGCUGCCCGACUUUGGCCUCUCAUAUGUCGUAGUCAGGUUCAAAGGAAGCCGUAAAGACGAGGUACUGGGCAUCGCUCCCAACCGUCUGAUCCGCAUCGAUUUGGGUGUGGGCGACGUGGUGAAGACCUGGCGUUACAACAAUAUGAAACAGUGGAACGUCAACUGGGACAUUCGACAGGUGGCCAUAGAGUUUGAGGGUAACAUCAACAUUGCCUUCAGCUGCGUGACGGCCGACUGCAAGAUCGUUCACGAGUUCAUCGGGGGCUACAUCUUCAUGUCGACGCGCAGCCGUGAUAAGAGUGACAAGCUCAACGAGGAACUCUUCCACAAGCUAACUGGUGGACACGAGGCGCUCUAGAACUCAAAUACACCAAAUGAUCUUGAUCUCUGAAUUGUAGGCAUUCAAAAUAUCAUGACUACAAUAGGUAUUUUCUUUCUAGUGUUACAAAUGUCAAAGGAUCAAAAGCAACCAAGUUACAUACAUUACACACACUUUGUACUUACUUUGUGUUACUAGGUCAAUAGUUAAUGAAUUCCGUGCGAGAACACAAACAGAUGCCAACAGCAAAUGCGUAGCACUUACACUUUAAUAAAAUAAAUUGAGCAUGUUUCAUCUUCA